AUGUACUGCCAGAAAUGCCGAACUCCUCUAAAGCUUGACGGUUCACUCGAGGAUCUCAACCCGGCAGCUUUCGAUCUGCUGGUGGGGUCGACAGGCAAAUCAUUGCCCGACAAUUCCACAUCUACUCGCCUUACCUAUCCUCAGGAACGAAAAGAUCUGUACGACAAAGUAACUUCUACGCCUGCAUCGCCUGUUACAAAGCGUUCAAUCCCAGCGCCUCGUCAUGGCGACGCCAAAAGUGAUGGCAGAGACCCUGUCUCUAAGGGAAAUCCAGAUAUGUCAUUUAUUGAGAUUACCGAGUCGCAGAUAGUUCCUCCUCAGCAGUUGGACUCGACGGAGCGUACACCACCUGCCAACAAUGGGCAACCGAAUGCACACUCAGAGGACUCCAAGUCGAGCCAUCAGGAUGGAUCAUUAUCACAUGAUAUGGAAGUGUCACAACGGCUUUUCUCGAUAUUGUCAGCCCGUUCCGAUAUCGAUCAUCCAAUAUGCACAGAAUGCACUUCAUUACUGCUGUCGUCAAUGACUGCUCGACUCAAUGCCAGCACAAAGGAGCGUGAUGCAUACAUUGGGUUUUUGAGGUCUCUGCAAUCAGCGUCGUCCACCAUACCGACAGCUGAGGAUGUGGCGGCUGCCGAAAAGUCGUUGAAGGACACGUUAGAUAAAGAGAAGGUCGUCUUCGAGGAGCUUAAGAAUCUGGAGGCUCAAAAACAAGAACUUGAAAAUGAGAUAGCUGAACUUGAGGAGCAAUCCCAAGCUUUGGAGCUCGAAGAACAGAACUUCUGGGCAGAGCGAAAUGCCUUUGAUGAUGAAAUGCAUGAGUUGACUGCGACGUUGAACUCGUUGCAACAGAAGCACCAGCACGACCAGCUACAGCUUCAGGCUUUGCAGAGGACAAACGUAUACAAUGAUACGUUCUGCAUAGGCCACGAUGGCUAUUUUGGCACUAUAAAUGGGCUGCGCCUGGGUCGACUUCCAAACCAGAAUGUAGAAUGGUCUGAGAUCAAUGCUGCAUGGGGUCAAACUGUGCUGUUGUUGACUACAGUGGCUGAACGGCUUGGCUACACCUUUCAAGGAUAUCGUCUAAGACCAAUGGGCAGUACCUCACGAAUAGAAAAGGUCGAAUGGCCUCAACAGUCUCCCGAUGGCUCUGCCCAAGGCUCACAUCACGCUGGUCAAAUGUCCACCAAUGUGACUCCCAAAAUCACUCAACUAGAUCUCUUUUCUAGUGGCGACAUGCCACUAGGCCGUGUAUUCUUCCACCGUCGCUUCGAUGGUGGGAUGGUUGCCUUUCUGGACUGUCUUGCUCAGCUGGGUGCAUACAUUGAGCGGCUGCCAAAUCCACCUUCUUCAGGCAAUUCAUCCCCUCGAACACCAACAAGAAUCUCACGAGUUCUACCAUAUCCGAUUCAUGGCGACAAGAUUGGUGAGGGCAACAAUGCUGUUAGUAUCAAAUUAGGUGCUGGCUUCCAGCAAGAUGAGAGCUGGACCAAGGCCUGCAAAUAUGCAUUGACUUGCUGCAAGUUCCUGUUAGCUCAUGUAAGUAACAUGGGAAAUAGUUCACGGAGCAGCGAGUGA